AUGGAGCUGGAAUUAACUCGAGUAGAUUAUACAGUCGUUGGUGUGACUAACUCCAAUUGUCUUGCAUUGAUGCCUGGCAAUUUGCCCAAGGAACAAUGUAAGGUAGCUAUUGUAGAUGAAGACGGGGUACUGCAGGUGUUUUCGAUCAAAAAAGACGAAAUAGUCUUGCAUUUUAAGACUUUACCAGGAGCUCCGAUAAGUUCGCUAAAAUACGUAAAUGGAUCUGGACUGAACCAAGGAAAAAUAUUUGUAGCAUCAAAAAAUGAAGUCAGAGGCUAUUCUCAAAGAGGGAAAUUAUUCCUAACUUUCGAUUCAGGGUUAACAGAACCGAUAAGCACUAUGUUUGUUAUGGACAAUGAUCUUUUCCUUUGUGGAAAACACAUAUAUACUCAUUUUAGAGACUGCAGAGAAGUUGGAUCUUACUUAUGCGGAGACAAAAUAGUUGAUGUAGUGGCCUUUUACUCGACCAAGAGUCGAAGACUGAUGUCCAUAAUCGCCUGCGAAGGAAGAAUGUGUAGGAUUUUGGAGCAUGCGAGAGUAACGUGUAGUUUGGAAGUAGAUACUUCUCCUACUAUACUCCAUUUACAUGAGGAUGAUGAUUCAAGAAGUGUCCUAUUUGGUACAAUAGAUGGUAGAGUUGGAAUAUUAAAUGUAGGAAAUUUACAGGCAUUUAAAGGUUGGUUGAUAAGCAACGAAAAUAACUCUAGUUCGAUCAACUGUAUGGAUAGUUACGAUUUGAAUGGUAGCGAUACGAAACAACUAAUCAUUGGAAGACAAGAUGGUAUGAUUGAAGUAUAUCAAUUGAGUUUAAAUCUCAAUGUCGAGGUUACCCAGAAAAUAUUUUCUUUUGAUUGCAAUGAAAGAGUGACAGCCCUCAAAUGCGGCGUUAUAGGAGAGCAAGGUUUCAAUGAAAUCCUUGUGACGUCAUACACAGGCCGAGUUUUUGGUUUGACAACACAACCCAUAAGUACACACAUCGACAAUUCGGAAGGCAAAUACGUGUUUUCUACAAACUCUUCUGAGAAGAUUCAUAAAUUGAGGUACGGAAUACUGAAAUGUUUGGUUUCUGAUUAGUCCAUAUAUGCGCAGUCUUUUAGGAGAUCGAUAUAUUUUGAAAAUCACUAUUUCAUAUUUGAUUUAAUCAAAGUAAGCGUACUAUAGGACCGCCCAGGGCGCCAGGACCUGAGUCGCCUGGCUGUUGGGUCGGAAAGGGGCAAGAGGGAAUUUGGGGCGGUUCCGGCCCUGUUUGCUGAUAAGACCAGGUCCAAUAUACUUUUUGAGAAAAAAAAUAUACUUGUAAAGUUGACUUUAAUUUGGAGUCCAAGCUAUUUCUAGAAGAAUUACCAAGCAUAGUCAACCUUAAAGGCCGUCCGUGACUGUACUUUAGAAUAUGACAUGAAAGAGUGCCAUUUUGUUCCUGUCCCCACGUGAGGCCGAGCGUUGCCGUGAAGCAGAAUGACACCGCUAGAGAGCAGACCCCGCCGGCGGUUUUGAAUAGCGCGCCUAAGGUCAUGUUUCACGGUACCUCUAAACAUGUAUAGCAGGACGAAUUUUUUUGAGUUUAAAAGCCGAGUUAUUAUUUACUGAGUGACAUGGCGACAAAGAAAACAGUUAGCCGUAUAUAAUUCGCGAAUUCCCCUCUUUCUGAAAGUUGAAGCUUAUAGAAAUGUACGUCUAGACAGCCAUGACCCAAGAUAUAGAUUGAUUGAACUGGGAACCAUUUCAAACUGUGCAAGAGAUGACACAAAGAAUCGAUCUUAAUGGUUGGAACAAGAAGCUAGAAACGAAAAAAUGUAGUGUGCAUGUAGUACGUAAACUUCGUUGUAACAACUCUUUGAAAAUGUUUCAUAUUUUGUGUUACCAUCUAACAAGAAAUAGCAAAUUAAUAAUAUAUGCUUUUACCAUAUUUUCAAUUUUUUUAGCUUUGUGGCAGAAUUAUUGAGGUGAAUAGAGGCCCAGUCAUGAGUAGUAGGAUUACUCCGCAAACUAUAUAGUUUCUUCCUAAGUCUAUUCCAUAAGUAGCUAUUUUCAGCAGUAAUAAAAAGCAUGGGGCGGCCGCUUUGCCAAAACUGUCCGUCGAUAAAAAAUACAUAAGUCCGAACAUGAGGACUUUUUCGCUAGUGAAACUAAACAUAACUCAUUGUACGUCACUGCUACGUGAUGUGUCUUUGUGUACUCAAACCGCAUUAACGGUAGCGUAUGAUGCAUGUCGCUACUCGUUUUACAGUGGCGUAUCCAGAAAAAAGUUGGAGGGAGCUAGGAUUUCAAAAAGGGCAUGCCGCAAGUUGUUUAAGUUUUAUGGUUUGCUGAUAAUUGCAACAAAACACAAAAUAUUAUUUCAAAAAUUCGUAAAAAAUCGCUAUCGACAAUUUGAUUCAUUAAAUAAAUACUAUGAUUAAGCUUCGAUCAUGCUACUUUUUUCAUUUGAUGAUGAAAAAUGUUGCCUCACGUUUUUCAAUGUCUAAAAGAGACUCACAGUCAAGACCGGCGAUUAAAAAUUGAAGAGCGGGAGGGCGGGAGGCGGGUGCAUGCUUAAGCAGGACUUGAGAGCAAACGCCCUUAUGACGAUUGAGGUGCGUAAAGGAAGGGCACCUUCGCCAAUGGUCAGAUAUUUAUUUUAAAUACUUCGAUAUUGCGAUUCCAUCAGUUUCACCUCCAUUCUUUCUGGAUAAGGUUCAGAUAUUUAGAAAACAUACUAUUGUUCCUUUAUACACCUCUAAGGUUCUUGAUCCUCAUAUUGCCCCUCUCCCUAAUUCGCCUCUGUCUAUUUCAUUUUGGUAUUUGAUAAUAUAAUCAGCAAUUACUCAGAUUUAUAGAUUGUAGAAAUGAUGAAUCAGUUUUUAUUUCGAGUAAUCAUUCACUUUUAGGGUAGAUAUCGAGGACCUCAAGACGAAAAUUUUGAAAGAAAGAGAGAAAUAUCAAACUUCCACACAAUCGUUUUACAACGAACUUUCUGCUAUUCCACUGCUCACCGUAAACGAAAGGGUAAAAUUCGUAUCACAUUUAUUUUUUUUAGUUUAGGAUAUACAUAAAUAGAACCUUCUUAUUUUAAAUUGGAUGUUUUCAGUUUAUUUUGGACAGGGAAAGUGCGACAUACACUUUAUCAAUAGGAAUUCCGACCCCC